AAUCUAUAAACUAUUAAAUUAAUAACAGUUUGGAAAAAUAUGUAGCCUCCUUUUUUGGCUCCCAGCACCUAUCCUCUGUAUCAAAAACAUUUUAUGUGACACAAUGAUCAGCUCAUCAUUAUUGGCUUUAGGACUUCAAAAUACUUCAUGUAUUCUUAUUUUUACUGAAAUUACUUUUAAAAAGUUCAAAUUUUCUAACCUCUGUUUUUGAAUUAAAAUAAUAAUAAUUUAUUUUUAAAACAUUUAUUUUUUUUUAUUUAUCUGAAAGUGUUGAUUUUUAAUAAGUGGCUGGGAGGAUUUCCUUUAAACAUUACUCCAGAAGGUAUUGAAAAAUUGCUCGAUUCAAAUUAUGAGCCAGAAGAAGAAUUCUUAUCUAGGUAUGGGUUUGCAAUUCACAAAAUUCUGGAGGACGCUUACAACUUCAGAAUGAACAUAAGCGUUUACGACGAUUGGGGGUAUUUCAAUGAGAAAUUAAAAGUUUGGGAUAGUGGAAUGUUUCAUGCUCUUUCUUCAGGAGAGAUUGAUUUGGGAACUUCGAUAAGCAGAGUAUAUGGACAGAGAUUAGAUGUUUCACUUUAUUUUCCACCAUAUUUAAAAUUUAGAACAUGCUUUAUUUUUAAGCACCCAUCAAGGCUUGGUAAGUUUACAGCUCUGGUGAAACCGUUGACUCUUGGUUCAUGGCUUUGUAUUUUGUCAGGUGUAGCCAUAUCAGGCCUCAUCCUCUGGUUUAUAAAAUCAUUUGACACAGUUGAUAUUCCGCCGAAUGAUCAUGACCUGAGUGCAAAUUUACUUACAUCGCUGGGCACCUUUUGUCAACAAGGUCUUUCAAGUGACUCCCAAAGAUUACCAGUGAGAGUGUUGUACGUUUUUCAGUUAAUUACAAGUUUGUUGAUUUAUAUGUUUUAUGGUGCAGCCGUGGUUGGAUUUCUGCUUUUGCCAUCUCCUAAAACAAUUGAUACAGUUAAAAAACUUAUGGACAGUCCAAUCACACCUUACGCAGAAAAUCUCUUUUAUCACAAAACACAUUUUCAAGGAAAUUUUAGUGAAAAGGCAGAAAAAGCAUAUGAGGCAAUCAAAGACAAAAAAACUGGCAAUGAAAGAUGGAUUGAAUUAAUGAGUGGAAUCCAGAAAGUCAAGCUAGAAAGAUCUGCAUUAUAUGCCCAGGAUACUAACUUAUACCGGGCUAUUGAAAAUUCAUUUAAAAACUCAGAUAUUUGUGCAUUAGCUGAAAUUGAAAUUGUGUUGAUAUGGGCUUCAACAGUAAUAAGAAAGAAAUCUCCUUAUAAAGAACUUUUUUACCAAGGCAUGAUCCUCACGCAUGAGAAUGGUUUGUUAAACAGAGCAAUAAAAAACUGGCAAGCACAGCGGCCCACUUGCUUCGCCCAGAACGAGAGCCCAACGGUUAGCCUCGAGGCAAUUGUCAUAGCUCACAUUAUCUACACCUUGGGUUUAUUGCUUUCAUUUCUCUUACUUAUAUUGGAAAUAUAUAUCAAUAAAAUGAUGAGAUUUUCAUUCAAAAAUUAGAAAACUAAAUAGUCAUUAAUGAGUUAAAACUAUAGUACAAUUACUUCAUAAGUUGCUAUGUCAAAUAGUUGUAUAUAAAUUAGUAGACAUAAAACUUGC